CCUAAACACGAACAAUAUGCAUAAACGACUAGUGUUGUUCCAGUAGAACGCGGUUCUGCUCGAAUGUAGUGCCUCAAUUCAGUUUAGUCCCCUUAUCUAUCGAGCAGUUGAUGGCACUGAAAUGCAUUCAGAAUGCAAUGUUCAGCCAUUUGUCCCACUCUUUAAAUCUAGCCAUAACCAAUCACAGUAGCCCGGAAUCUCUGUGUCAGUGACGAUUUACCCAAUCGGCGCAUGCGUCUUACGAGCGAGCGUAGCUGAGUAAAGAUGGCGGCGGGCUCCGAUUUGCUGGAUGAUGUUUUCUUCAACACGGAGGUGGACGAGAAAGUAGUUAGCGAUAUAGUUGGGUCUUUAGAGUCUGAGCUUACUGGAUCAGGUCACGGAAACUCAGCGGUCAGGGUUCAAGGUGUUGGAAACCACAUCAAUAACUCGUCUGGGAGUGCUAAUUCCAGUGUCCAGGACAACAAAAUGGGACUUGCACAAGAGCUUGUAAAAGCAGGCGCCGGAGUGCCAGGGGGUGUCAUUAAUAAUACGAGGUCCCAGGGUUCAACUAUGGAUGCAGCAGUGGGGACCACAUCAGCGGCUGGGUCGGGUACGCAAGUGGAGAUUAACCAAGGCAAAGCAGGGGCUGGCAACGCUGUUCUUACGGCCAUUCCUAACCAUGGAGCUGGCUGUGGACAAAAAGGGACGUCUGGCAUGCCAACUUUGAAUGGAAGUAACGUGGUGAUAAACUCUCACUGUUCAGGAAGUGUUCCCGCUACCCCAGGGACAACAGCGAGCUCAAUCAACAGUGUCAGCAGCACCGUCCCUGCUGUCACAGUUGUCAACAACGGACCUGGCUCCGUGGUGAAAGGGCAAACAAUAGUUUUACCUACUUCUUCUAGCACUGUAAUUCAGACAUCUUUAAUGAACACACAGAAUGCGGUCACUUCGACUGUGAUUUCUUCUCAAACUUCAUGUUUAACCACCGGACCCACCGUCACACUAGUGAGGCCGCCUAUGCAAUCGCCCGGACCGGUUACCACGCAAAAUGGGAGUAAUAACUCAGUUUUGACUGCAAACGUCAAUGUUGCGCACUUGGCACUCUCGAAUACUUCAACACCUGUUAGUUCUGUCCCUCAGAUCAACAAGUCGGAGUCACCGAAAACUAUUAUUCAAACGACGACUCAGACCGGGUCUCCCACUGUUGUUGCGAGUCCAGGAAACCUGACUCUAGGACAGACGAUGCAAAGCACACUGCAGCCCGGUACAACUGGAACUGUUUCUGGAGUUGGAAAAAGCCCAAUUUUGCAAAAUGUGACGAGAACUUCUGUUCCGACCACUAUCACUGCCAGUCCAGGUGGUAUACGUGCGAUUGCCCCUCAAGUGCUGGCUCCUAGGUUACCAAAUACUCAGCAGAGUCAGCCAAACAUCCAGAAUAUCCAGCUUCCUCCAGGUAUGGUUCUGGUGCGCAGUGAGAGUGGACAGUUACUGAUGAUCCAUCAGCACAUGUUGGCACAGAUGCAGGCUCAGUCCCAGGGUGCCAUGGCAACACGACCUGCCACUCCCACGAGCUCUCCACCUGUUCAGAUCACCUCUGUGCAGGCCCCCGGCACUCCCAUCAUCGCUCGCCCAGUGACCCCCACGACCAUCAUCAAACAAGGCUCCCCAGCUCAGACCACUGUGCAGGCCACCACCGCACUCCAGAGACCUCCAGUCCUGCAGAACAUCAUGUUGGGUACGGGCACUGCCCCCACUGUCGGAACGCCACCCCCAGUGCAGCCUGGGAAGGCGGCGGCUCAGAAGGUAGUGGCGCCCAGAGUCCUCGCUGCUACGACUACGGAAACCCUGGAGAAUGUGAAGAAGUGUAAGAACUUCCUGUCCACACUCAUCAAGCUGGCGUCAAGCGGGAAGCAGUCUUCGGAGACGGCUGCCAACGUGAAGGAGCUGGUCAAGAGCCUCUUGGAGGGUAAGAUUGAAGCGGAGGACUUCACCAGUCGACUGUACCGGGAGCUGAACUCCUCCCCUCAGCCCUACCUCGUGCCUUUCCUCAAGAGGAGUCUCCCAGCCUUGCGUCAGAUGACCCCGGACUCGGCCGCCUUCAUCCAGCAGAGCCAGCUUCAGCAGCAGCAGCCGCAACAGCAGUCGCAAGGCCAGCUGGCCGCCCAGCCCACCUCCACUGCCCUCACCGCCGUGGUGCUGGGUGGCUCGGCCGCCACCCAGCGUGCCGCCAUCCAGCCCGCCCCGGCUGCCCACAUAAAGACUGCCGCUGGCACCGUUGCCAUCACCACCACCCCGUCGCCGCAUCAUCCGGUCAUCAGCUUGGCUCAGACGGGCCAGAACAAGACCAACCUGCAACCCCAACAGCAGGGUACCCUGCGGCCCCAGGUGACCAUCGCUCAGACCUCCAUGGUGACCCUCAGGGGCCAGCCGCACAACCGCAUGUUCACUCCCCAGACGGUCGUCAAACAGCUCUCUGCAGGCUCUUUGAUUAGGCCUGGUCUUGCCCCUGGAGCUAAAGUGGUGUCCAUAUCGGGCCAACACACUCUGGCCUCAGCUGCCCAGAAAAACAAACAGAAGGAGGCAGGUGGAGGUUCCUUCAGAGAUGAUGACGACAUUAACGAUGUGGCCUCCAUGGCCGGGGUGAAUCUGUCGGAAGAGAGCGCCCGCAUCCUGGCCACCAACUCUGAGCUUGUGGGGGCGGUGACCCGCUCCUGUAAGGACGAGGCCUUUCUCUUCACGGAGUCGCUCCGACGGAAGAUGCUGGAAAUCGGGCGGAAGUAUGGCAUCUCAGAGCUGGGCCCGGAUGUCAUCAACUUUGUGUCUCACGCCACCCAGCAGCGGCUGCAGAACCUUCUAGAGAAAGUGUCCGAGGUUGCCCAGCAGAAAAAUAUCUCUUAUAAGGAGGAGGAGCGGCAUGACCAGGUCAGUGACGUCCGAACGCAGCUCAAGUUCUUUGAGCAGCUGGAUCAGAUGGAGAAGCAGCGGAAGGAGGAGCAGGAGAGGGAGAUCCUCAUGAAGGCUGCCAAGUCGCGGUCACGUCAAGAGGACCCAGAACAGCUCCGGCUCAAACAGAAGGCCAAAGAGAUGCAGCAGCAGGAGUUGGCUCAGAUGAGGCAGAGAGAUGCGAACCUGACUGCCUUAGCCGCCAUUGGGCCUCGAAAGAAACGGAAAGUAGAGUCCCCUGCCAGUGGAGCAGGAGCAGAGGGUUCGGGGUCCGGCUCGGCGGCGUCGGGAACAUCGGGGGCCAGUGGCUCGAGGCAGUUCACCCGCCAGCGGAUCAUCCGGGUCAACCUCAGGGACCUGCUGUUCUGCCUGGAGAACGAGCGCGAGACCAGCCACUCACAUCUCCUCUAUAAGGCCUUUCUCAAAUAGCACCAUCUGUUUUCCCCCACGGACCCCAGUCACUACCACCACCACCACAGCCCCAGCCUCGGUUUUUACUCACCUACAUCAGGUCCCAGGCCCACCCACCCUUAUCUCUUGUCAUGCCCCAUUCAGGAAUCUAAAAGGGGACCUGGGUCUCCCCUCACUGAAAAACAGAAUGAGAGAGAGGGGGGUAGAAAACCCAGAAACCCAUACCCC